AUGCCUAUGAAAGUGACUGUCUGUUUUGACAAUGUUCGAGUCAUAGUGCCGUGUGGGGACGGGGAAAUACUCGUCAGUGAAUUAAUAGAAAAGGCUGUCCAUCGAUAUAAAAAGGCCACUGGAAAGUAUUAUGUAACAGGUUUCUUUGGUGUAUGGUUUAUUGAAUAUGAUAUACAAGAUAUUGAUAUCUAUUAUGCCCAGUUAUAUGUGUCAUGUAACACUUCCUGUGGUUUAUUUUCUAUUGAAUAUGAUAUUGAGGGGAAAGGGUUAACCAAAACAUUGUUGAUAUCUAUUAUGCCCAGUUAUAUGUGUCAUGUAACACAUUCCUGUGGUUUAUUUUCUAUUGAAUAUGAUAUUGUGGGGAAAGGGUUAACUAAAACAUUGUUGAUUGAAUAA